GUAGAAAAACAGAUUAAAUUUUUUGAUUAUUAUUUGUGUAAAAUAAUUCAUAAUCCAAUUAUAUCAUCAAUAAUAAUAAUUACUAGUAUAUCAAUAUUAAAUAUUAGUCAAAUAAUUAAAAUACAACAGUCAAAUAAAAUUGAUUUUAUCUUUAUUAACGAUUAUUACUUUGACUUAUUACAAAAUAUUAUUAAUUUAAUCUUUAUAGUAAGAUUUAUUCUUAAUAAAUUUAAAACAAAUUUAAUAAUUGAAUCAAUUCUCUUUACUUUCCAAAAUUUGGGUUGUUAUUUGACUUUAUUUAAUCCAAACGUAUCGUUGUUAUACUCAAAUAUUAACUAUGUUUUCAAAGUAUUAAUCGUGUGGCAAAGCUUAUGUCCUUAUAUCAUCUUAUUUGUUAACUUUAUGGAUUAUUUGAAAAAUAAAAAUAAUGAAAAACAUGAAUUUGACUUGAAAUUCUUCUUAAUUGAAUCAAAUAAUAACUUCUUACCUAUUUUCAUUGCUCAUUCUUACAUCUUUAUUAAUUUCAAUUUCCCUUUUUUAUUAUCCUCUAAUUUCCAAUGGUUAAUCUUCAUCUAUAAAUUAUACUCUUUCUCCUUGAAAUUCUUCUGUAUUUAUCAAUUCAUUUUAUUCGAAUUGGUAAGAAUUUUCUAUUCUGUUAACUCCCCUGCUAAAAAUUAUUCAAGUUAUUAUACUCCAGUCAAU